UGGCUCGAUACUUAAACGAGGUUGAAUGAAGAGCAUGAUAGUCGUACGCCACAUCCGCACAUUUCGGCCGGGUAGAUAGAUCCCAGUUAUGUGUUUCGACCGAACGGUGACCGUUUAUCAAGAUUAUGAUAAUGGCUUCUUCCUCUCCUCGACUUCUUACACAAACCCUUUGUGGCGUGCCACUAGGGACCUUGGACGAAGUUUGUCACUAUGUCGCCGUACAGUACACUAGAGGUUAGGGGAAACGAGGGUUAUUACCCGUACUACUCAGGCGAGACGAAUAAGGAGACGAUUCAACAUGAUAGCGUAUACCCGCAGCUGGCUGCUUUCGAAACGGACAGAGGAUAUCUUCCAGAGGUCGUUACUCACGAAAAAGUUCAACCUCCAAACGAUUUACCGCCGACCCAAGAACAAUCACAACAACCACAGCCACAGCCACAACAAUCGACGAGCAGGAUAUGGGGUCUACCAAAGCGCACAUUUUGCAUACUUCUCGUGGUUGCAAUAGUAAUAAUAAUCGGCGCCCUAGCCGGCGGAAUCGGAGGCGGCCUCGCAGCUAAACAGAACCAAACCUCCAAAGACACGAACUCAGACGGGUCACAAAAUGGGAAUAACGGCAACAACAAUAAUAACAACAAUAACAAUAACAGCACGAAUGACAAUAAUAACAAUAACAUCAACAUCCUCUCAACAUCCCAACUAACAGCAACCAACCGCACCGACCUAAACGGCCACAUCCACCGCACAGUCUUCUUCCAAGACCCAUCCUCCGCCCUCAUAGCCCGGCACUGGGACUCCGUAAACCAAUCCUGGACAACCGCGAACCUCACCUCCAUCAUGAGCUCCUUCUCCACCUCCCCCACCCCCCUAAACCUCGGCUUGGCUCCUGGCGCCAGUCUGGCCAGCGCAUCGCUUUCGUACGGGAAUGUGAGCGAGACGCAUAUCUGGUUCGUGAGCUCCGGGGGUGGGGAUGUGGAAAGCACGGUCCGCUCUUUAGCCCUGCCAAACCCGGAUACCGAGCCUGAGACCUGGCAAUACGACGACCUCGACGGCGCGACGCUCGCUGCGCUGCCCGGGACCCGGCUCGCGGCGACGUGGCAGCGGUGCUGGAAGCCGGAUCCUAGCGCGCGGUGUUUUGGCGCGUGGACGCUUGCGUAUCAGGAUGGGGAAGGGAAUGUGCGGGUUGCAAAUGGCACGCGGUGGAGCGAUACGCAGCUUGUGGUUGAGGCGAGAAGUGUGGCGCGUAACUCGAGCUUGGGGCUUGUGGCACAGGUCGAGAAUGGUGGGAGUACGGCGGUUUGUAGGGUUAUUCUUGUGAGUGAGAGUUUGGGGUCGGGGGAGGUGGGGGAUAUGCAGAAGAUGAUGUAUACGAAGGGGAGUUGGGUUUCUGACAGAUCCUUAAUCACGUCGCUCCCGGCGCCGUCGCCGAACUUGCAGUUCGCGAUGACGGUGCAGAAGAAUUUCACUGUGCAGACGACGAUGUCGCUGCUUCCGAAUGGGACCGUCACGGCGCUGCUGUGGGAUGGUCACUUUCGGCCUAUACCGAGUUUUAACUUCCGCGGCGGGCCGGAGGUUAAUUUUACGUCGAUCGCGGCGACUGAGGAUGCGAUGAUUUAUGGGUUCUCAAAUGAUGAGAUAUUGCAGUAUGAGCCGGAUGAGGACGAUAUCUAUAGUUACGUGUAUGUGGGACGGGUGUAUCCGUGAUAUCUAUCAGGUUGGUUUUUUGGACGUUGAUUUUUAGCGCCGGCGUGGUUGUCUUGACGUCUUUGCAUUAUCUGGUUUUGAUGGCGGUUGGCUUGGGGCGGUAGGCUUGUUGUGUACUAGAUAUCUACCUAGUUCAACAUAUACCCACUCCAUCUUAAAGGGACUUCAGUGUAUUUGCUAUUACCUAGGUAUAGAUGUUAUGGAUGAAG